GUUGGAACGAGAGACUUCCGACCACUCGCUUCCUACAGGUCGUCCAGUACAUUGGAAGUCUCGACGAAAUUGCGGCGCAGGAGUGCAAUACGAAAUGGCGACAGGAAACUGAGGUUUUCAACGUGCUAAAGAGAUCCGGCGAAGUCGGCCUCGGAGUCGCGGACACGAGCUGCUUCUCUCUGUGGUGUACGAGAACUCUGAGCCUGGACUGACGAGCAAUAUGGUCAUGGUAAUGGUAAAUGGGAGACAGUCGAUGUCACAGUACGUGGUAACUACGUCGUCACUUCCAAACAUUCCAUCAGAGGCCGUCCGUCAAGUGACUGACUGAGGAACGGACGCACGAGAGAAAGUCCACAGGACCGGCGCGAAGAUCCGCAGGCUUGUCGACUCGAUGUGGCCGAAGUCGUGUGGCAUGAUGAUGACGGAGACGUCGUCGUUCAGCGCCGCGGCCGAACUGAUGUUGCGGAAAUGAUGCACGAAUUCCUUCCGCUCGAAUGGAAUGGGGCUCCGAUCUCGGAGCGUCCGACAAACGCAAGGACGUUGGGCCGUGCUGAAUCAGCGGGUCUGCAGCGCGACGGAUUCAAGAACGAGCGUUUCAAGAAUCGCCAGAGCUAGGCUCGAUGGCAGGCAAGCAGCGCAGCGGCAGCGGCAGGCGCGUCUCCAGCUCCAAGCUCAACGAUUGCCUCCACCUUCUCGUCCGCUCGGCCUUGGUUUCGAUGCUGGUGGCCCCCUCGAUCUUCUUCCUCUUUCAGCGCAAUUUGCUGGACCUGUUCUCCUUCGUAGACCGUGAUGAUAGCAGUCGAACUCCGAUUCUUGCCUAUGACACUUCUGCGGAGGUUGUCACCCGCAGCUCUCUGCAUCCCUUCCGAGACGAGAGCCCAUAUCUCGAGCCCCGGGUCGCUGUGAAGAAAUUGCUGUCCGUGGAGCAGGCCGAGGGCGAUGGUGCCUUCGUUAGACGUAGCAUAGGCAGACCAGAAAUGAAGCAGCUAGAUCCUUUUCUGCUUCUCGACCAUUUCGCAGUUGCUCCACCCGCAGGCUUCCCUGACCAUCCUCACAGAGGCUUUGAGACUGUCACCUACAUGCUGGAAGGAUCAUUUACUCACCAAGAUUUUGCGGGGCAUAAAGGUACCAUCGGCCCUGGUGACUUGCAGUGGAUGACCGCCGGUCGAGGAAUUGUUCACAGUGAGUUGCCAGCAAAGCCUGGGGUACAACGCGGUCUUCAGCUCUGGGUUAAUCUGCCAGGAAAGUAUAAAAUGGUGGAACCGAAGUACCAAGAAAUUGACCAUCAGAAUGUUGCUAAGGUGGACGAGAAUGGGGUGGAAGUUAAAGUCAUCGCUGGGGAGUCUCAUGGCAUCAAAUCUCCGGUCUACACUCUCACCCCAAUAAUGUUCCUUGACUUUUCCUUAAAACCUGGGGCUGUGGCACACCAAGAUAUUCCUCAAGGAUGGAAUGCUUUUAUUUAUGUCCUCGAAGGAAAGGUUACGUUGGGGACGAAGACGGCAACACCAGUUUCUGCGUUUCAUACAAUACAGCUGGGGCCUGGUAAUGGGCUGAGUGUAUGGAAUACACAAGACAAGCUUUGCCGCUAUGUACUGAUUGGUGGUGAGCCUCUGGGAGAACCUGUUGUUCAGUAUGGGCCUUUUGUCAUGAAUACAGAGAAGGAAAUAAGGCAAGCUAUGCAAGAUUUCCGAAGCGGACGUAACGGAUUUGAGAAAUCUCAGACCUGGCGCUCUUCCCCUAUAAUUGUCGCAUGAGAUUAGAGACAAGGUCAUUCGUCAGUCUCCACAUUCCUUGCGGUUGUCGAGAGACUAGGAUAGGGAAAAAAGUGAUGCACCCUGAAAGGCCAUUACUGAUACCGAUGUGUCCUUAGCGAGAACAGCCUUCAGAGAACAUUUUCGAUUCGAAGGAAAUUGCGUUAAUCCCUCGUCAAAAAUGAGCAUAUACGUUUUUGAAAUUAAUGACUAUUUUGUUAGUAGAAACAUCUUACUUUUUCUAACUCAAAAAUCUGAGUCUGCAGAAUUUGCAUAUUUGAAGUGCUCAAUAGCCAAUGUGGUGACAACGAGAAGGAUCAUACACUGAGGACUAUCUUGAACAGCCGCUGCUAGCUAGCUGACUGUGGUCUUGAUGCAAACGAUGAAAAGGAAUGUAUUAUAUAGUGACUGGUUGUAUGCCACCUACCUUUUUUUGCCCCUGACGAGCGGCCUUUCCACUCGCUGUUGAAGAAUUGCGAGGUCUAGCUCCGUCUACAAGAACUGUUUUAUCUUCAAACUCCGUAUCCGGGAUUGCACAGAUGAUGCCCCUUGUAAAUGAGCCAUCAUGAGUCGAUGGCUUUGUAUACAAAAUUGCAAGUCCUCGUAAGAUAGUCGACAGGGAAGAACAGUACUAGUGUAGGUAGAAAUAGGUUCAGAUUUUGCGUUUAUCGACAAACGCACGGUCAGCCCCAGUGGGGUUGUUGUUGGUACGUGUGUGCAUCUGACCAGUUGGUUUGCAUGCCUCGUGCUGCAUGCAGUUUUUCAGCCUUUGUGAUGGUGUGCGUCCACUGGUCUUACAGUUGUGCACUUUGUACUGAAUCGGAUUGCAUGGUCCGGUUCAUCCUUUCUAUUUCCUGGCAAUGAGUCCCAGAUUUGAUGAUACAG